GUCACCACGACGAACUCUGAUAUAGAGCUGUGCCUUCGGGGGCACUUCGUCAUGACUGACUGGACAAACAAACUCUCGUCACCCCAGGGCGAAACAGAGGAGGUUCUCGGCCUCCAUGGAGGAAAAUCUGUAGCGUUGAAUCACCUCAGGAAGGAAUCGCUGGACAUCCAUAACCGUCUACACUCAAUUUCAGAAGACAUCGACUUCGUGAAGACAGUACGAUCACCUAUCCCCAUCUGCCGAUCUUGCGUGCCCAAUCAACGCUGUGGGCUCUGGAUGAUAUUGGUCGACUCAACACGUUCCGGAAAGCGUAUUCCCGAUGCGCUGUCGAAGACGGUCCCGAUCUGGUGUGCAUAUCCAGACAGACACAAAGUCGACUGGGAUCUGGAGCUGUACUGCCCAUUCGGGACCAUCGAAGCUCGAUUGGACGGAUGGGUGGAUUCGCUAGUGAAUUCCUCGUACAUCUUGUCGGAUCUGCAACGCCCGUUGCACCCAUUGUGGAUCACACCGUCGACAUCCGUUUUUCCGAGCCUGGAUGCCAGUCCCACUCAACCAUUCUACCCCAUCCAAGAGGGUAUGGAACGGCGUUCGAACGGGUUCAUCUACGUGCAAGGCUCAGGCGACGAUCACGAGCUAUGGGGACUGAGCAGUCGAUCGGAGUUGCCAGAGCUGAUCAGCUCACUCCUGAGGCCGAUCGGCGCGAAGCAGUCGCAGCAGCAGUGGUCAAACAAGCCCACACCUAUCGUGCAAGUCGGCGGGCGCAUCCUGAUCAGUUCAAUGGCGGAUAUACCCUGUGACUUCCCUCGUUCCCUGCCAGGCUCAGCUAUCCAGCUCUUCUUCCUGAUCGUUAGCGCCUCUCCGGUAUCGCAAGGGGAUGCUACCGAGGCAGACAACGAAGGAGCAGAUACUCUACCUGCAGACUAUCCUUCUCGAUCCAUGGCAGGAGACUGCGUCUGCGUCUGCUGCGACAACGGCCAGGACGCAAGCGUGGGCGUCGCUCUCGCGGCGCUCCAGCUCUUCUUCGACGACAAAGGCGCGUUUGUGGCUACACCGGGGAACGGGAUACAUUGCGUAGGAAAUACGGCGACGAAACGGUCCAUCAGUACAAAGCUACAGUGGAUCAUAUCGAGCAGGCCGGAGGCCAACCCUUCUCGAGCUACACUCAAACGUGUGAACGAAUACAUCCUCACGUCGCCCUCCUUCCGCCGCCAGCGAGGUGUGGAAUGACUGCAGCCAACAAUAUGAGCUUGAACGCGCGAAGCAGCCCAGGGUUAUACGUCGAGGCACGACGUGGUAUGUGCCUGGCUGCAGCGCGACCUGCGGCGUGGCUACGCCUGCGACGCCAUCGGAGUACGGUCCCCGACGUUGUUUUCAGCGAGUUGCGAGGCGCCUUGUGCUCGAAGAGGGAGACAUUGAUAGAGGCGGGCGGGGUGGUCUCCAAGAGUUGCAGCCGUACU